CAAUCAAUUAUGGCCAAUUUCUAUAAGUGCAUUUCCUUACUUUCGUGACUUAGUGUCCUUUAAAUGACAAGAGUAUGGCUCGAGUAAGAUAUUUCUUCACUCAUAAAGGAUACCAUUAGACCUAGGCUACUUUUGACAAAAUUGUACUUCCUUUUAGUGUAAACUGUAAUUUUGAUUCUGACAGAAAAAGACCAAUAAAAUGCGCCAAGCGUCGCUACUUACUAGUAAAAGGCCUCCUUUUGUGAUGUCAUGCUCGCCAUGACACUUCGUCAUAUGAAAAGCAAAUAGUUUGGAACAGAGACAGCUCCCAAACAGCCAAUCUACCUACCCCUCUGAUAGACCACCCGGUCGGCAAUACACUCGCUUCUAUUCGCGUUUACAGUUGCCUUUUUUUCACCUGUACAAACGCGCAAGGUGCAACGUUUUCGAACGAUGGAAACGAAUUCGUUAGUUCACACAUGGAUAAGGUACGUUUCUGUGUUUCUUCUUAUCUCUGCCGCCCAGGACUUAGCUUCUGCUGUAACACACUAUUCUAUCCCAGAGGAAAUGGAGGAAGGCUCGGUUGUCGCCAAUUUAGCUGCUGAUCUGGGACUAGACGUGAAGACACUGAGCAGACGGAAAAUGCGUUUAGACAUUAUCGGAAAUAAGAAAUAUUUGGAUGUCAACAAAGAAACUGGAGAAUUGUAUGUUGUUGAGAAGAUAGACCGAGAAUUUAUUUGCGCUAUCAAAACAGCCACAACGUGCUUCAUGAAAGUAGAUGCUACAAUCGAAAACCCAAUACGAAUGUUUAACAUCGAACUGGAAAUCAUGGAUAUUAAUGACAAUGCGCCAUAUUUCAGAAGGGAUACAAUGCACCUUGACAUCUCCGAGUCCACUCCAGCUGGCGAGAGAUUUUCUCUAAAUAAUGCCAUCGACCCUGACGUUGGUUCGAACUCCGUUAAAACCUACUACUUAAGGGAAAGUGAACAUUUUAAUAUUGAAGUUCAGACUGGGAGGGACGGGUCCAAAUUUGCAGAUUUGAUUCUGAAGAAGGCUUUAGACCGAGAAGAGCACGCUGUUCAUAAUCUCAUACUCACCGCUGUAGACGGUGGAGUCCCCACCCGCUCCGGCACAGCCAGUAUUAUUGUUCGAGUACUCGAUACCAAUGACAACGCCCCUCAGUUUGACCAAGAUGUAUACAAAAUUAAUUUAAUGGAAAACUCUCCAAUAGGAAGUCUAGUAUUUCAAUUUAACGCAACGGAUCCAGAUGAGGGCACCAACUCGGAAAUAUCUUAUUCUUUUAGUUUGUACACAUCAGAAAAAACGCAAAGCACUUUCAGUUUGAAUCCUAAAACAGGGGAAAUCCGAGUAAAAGAAAUGAUUAAUUAUGAAGAUUUCAGAAUUUAUGACAUGGAAGUUAUUGCAACUGAUCAAGGUAGCAAUCCUUUAUCAGGUCAGUGCAAGCUAAAUAUUCUGGUCACAGAUAUGAAUGAUAAUCAUCCUGAAAUAUCCAUCAAAUCAUUCCAGAGUCCAGUCAAGGAGAAUGUAGCAGUUGAUACUGUGAUAGCUGUAGUUAGUGUCAGUGAUAAAGACUCUGGUGAAAAUGGAGUAGUUGAUAUACAUAUCUCAAAGGGUUUGCCAUUUGCGUUUAGAGAGUCUUCUGAUAACUAUUAUGAGUUGGUAGUUUCAGAGCCUUUAGACAGAGAGAAAGUGCCAGAAUAUGACAUCACUUUCACUGUUACAGACAGGGGAUCCCCUCCGUUAUCUGACAAUGAAACUAUGACUUUAGAACUACUGGACGUUAACGACAACGUUCCACAGUUCCCUCAGUCGUUCUACACUAUACCCGUUACUGAGAAUAAUGCCCCUGGGGCCUUGUUAAGUUCCCUCACUGCGUUUGAUCCUGACCUCCAUGAAAACCAGUAUCUUGUUUAUUUCAUCAUAGAAAAGGAGAUAGUGAACACCUCCAUGUCCAUGCUGUUCUCCAUCAAUCCAGAGAAUGGUAAUCUUUACUCACUAAAGACGUUUGACUAUGAAAUAGAGAAGGAGUUUCUUUUCCAUAUUGAGGCCAGAGACUCUGGUGUCCCUCCACUCAGCAGUAACGUGACUGUGCACAUUGUUAUUGUGGACCAGAAUGACAACACACCAGUCAUCGUCUCUCCGUGGCGUGCACACGGCUCGUUAGUCGAGGAAAAGAUCCCCAGAUCCACCGAUAAAGGAUGCCUUGUUUCCAAGGUGAUAGCUAUAGACACGGACUCUGUAAAAAACUCUCGGAUAACAUACCAGUUUCUCCAGGUGACUGACGCCACCUUAUUCAGUCUGGAUCAAUACAACGGAGAGAUCAGGACUAUGAGAAUGUUCAGUUACAGAGAUCCGCAUCACCAACGGCUGGUUGUCAUCGCCAAGGACAACGGAGAGCCUGCGCUCUCUGCUACAGUCACCAUCAAGCUCUCCACGGUGGAGACUGCUGUUAAAGCCUACUCUGACAUGACUGAAGUGCCUCUAGAAUAUGACAUCUUCUCAGACCUCAACCUGUAUCUGGUGAUCGGACUGGGCUCGGUGUCGUUUCUGUUACUGAUAACCAUAUUGGUCACCUGCGUGCUGAAGUGUCAGAAACCGAAGCCCAGCAAAGCGGCUCCUCCCUGCAGGAACAGCGUGAUCAGCGAGAGGAACUCCACCAUCGCGGAUUCCACCCUGGUCUCCAACGAUGCGUACUGGUACAGUCUGUUUCUAGCGGAGACGAGGAAGGGAAAGCUGGUAGUCAGACAGCCUGUGCCAAAGGGAUCCAGAUAUAUCGUGUCCAGUAUUCCAAGAAGCACGGGACUGACAGAGACCAGCGACUCAGCUGCUUCUACUCUGCAGUACUCUAAAUGAGGGAAGUCCAUCCUGCAGCUGGAGGCAUCCACCACUACCAGUAGCAGUUCCUCAUAAAGCCCCCACCCAACUGGUCUACCUGACUGACCCCAGGAGGAUACCCCCAGUGUGAUGAAGAAAGGAGAUCUACUCCCCCCCCCAUCCCUCACUGGAACAUAUUUUCCGACAGUAUAGUCUUUAUAAGGAUUCAAGUCACCGACACCCAAAGGACCAAAAAGAAGCUAUGGUGACCCCCCCCCCCCCCCCCGAACCAAUCUUGUAUAAGCACACCCGCUAAAGCCAAUCAGCCAGCAUACCACCUUUUUGUUCAUUCAACACGCAUGCAUCUGAAUGGCUCUGGCCCAAUUUCACUGAGCUCUUCAUGGACGGCUUUGAAGGGAAAAGACCACAGAGACACACUGACUGUACAGGAAGAGAUGUUCCUUGGACAUUCAAAGAAAGGAGUCCCACCAUGAACUGAAGGAGAUGGACAUUGGAAUGUGGAAAUGCCUUUAAAGACUGUAUCCCAUCUCUACAAAAAAAAUCCUUGAUGUUCAUUUUGUAAAAAAUGUUCUGGCCUCUUAAAAGCAUUUGUGUGAAAAUGUGUAUAGUAAAAAAAACAUACAACUAAAGUAUGAAAACAUCUUGAGUACAUGGGAAUCAAUGUUGUGUAUGGUAGUAGUCUUUUAGUACGUUUUCGUACAGUGUCCAAAAUAACUUGUGUACAAUGUGUGAAAUGGACUGAUUACAGUAGCUGUCAUCAAUCUGUUUACCAGCCAAGUAAAUGUGAGGCCUUCUUCAUCAGUAUAUAUUUGCCAUUUAGUUUAUCUGCAUGAAGAUAUUAAUGUACAAUAAGUGCUGUGUCAGUUUUAGCUGUGAGAUGGUUUGAGUGACCCACAAUAUAUAACUACUCAGCCUCACUCCCCAUCCCUGUUUUAUUGUGGACUUUC